AUGGGGCUUUCAAAAAGCGAGGCAGGAGCAAGGAUGAGUGUGAUGUACGCGUGGAGUUCCAGAGUUGAAGCAACUGAAUCGAGCUAGAUUCCGUGCAUCAGCGGGGCAAAACGGCGAAAGACAAGAAAAAGUCGGCACUUUCACAGUAGAAAGGUUGAUCCCGUAAAGAUUACGCCUCCGAAAAGGUUCCGAGAUUUGCGAUUUCCUGUGAUAUAUGAUCACUUUCAAUCUCUUUACCUCUUUACCGAAGGAAUAAUUGCUUCGAUUUCGCUGCUGGAUCCAACUAUUACUUUUGACUGAGGUAAAGUAAAGAGUCAUAUGGAUAUAGAUUUUGGAAAAACUUUGGUGUCUUUCGCAAGGACGUGUUAAAGCUGAGGCCGGUUUGGAUUGAGUGGACUCUGUUCACUGGGCCACUUGGACUUCUUGGCUUUUGGAUUGAUUGUAGGAUGGAAUUGUGACGGAAGUUCUUUUCCAGUGUUAGGCAAAAGAAUUUUGGAUCGAAGUAUCCCAACCGAGGACCUGGCUAUUUUGGUUACUCUAUUGUGUCUUCUAGCUCAGGAUACUGGAUAUAAAAUCUGACUUGCUUGAAGAAAAGUUUUGCUAUUGGAGUUGAUGUCAGUGAUUUCAACUUAUUUUAUUUGGAAGCUACUUCUGGCUUAUUAUGUUUGUGCACAAAGCACUGCAUUUUUGGUGUCAGGACUAGAUAAGACUUCAGAACCGUGGAGAAAAAGGUGUGCUGCGGUUUAUAUGGCCGCGUUGCCUUUGUUCUUACUGCCAUAAAGCUUCCCUUCUCCACUUUAGCUGUUAAUCUUUGUGCCUACAAUGGUAACAAUGUCCGAGGUAAUAAAUUCUGAAAGAGUUUUGCGUUUGGUGGUUCUUAAGUUUGUGUUACUACUAGCCUUUCUAUUUAUAUGUACUUCUGAAGGGGUAAACAUAGAAGGGCAAUACCUGUUGAAUCUUAAGAGCAACAUGGCAGAUGCUUUUUACCACCUAGAUAGUUGGAAUGCUAAUGAUUUUAUACCCUGUCAGUGGAAAGGUGUUAGUUGCACUUCUGAUGGUAUAGUAGUUGGUCUUCAUCUGAACUCCAUGAAUUUAUCUGGAAUUAUUUCCCCAAGAAUUGGUGGAUUGAUUCACUUAACUGUUCUUGAUCUUUCCUUCAAUGAAUUCUCGGGGGCAAUCCCUAGGGAGAUCAGUAAUUGUUCAAAGUUAGAAGUUUUGUAUCUGAAUAACAAUAAAUUUGAAGGUGAAAUCCCUCAUGAAUUGGGUAGCCUUUCUUCUUUACUAAAGUGCAACUUGUGUAAUAAUAAACUAUGUGGUCAGCUCCCUGAAUCAAUUGGAGGACUUUCAUCCCUUCUUGAACUUGUAGCCUACUCCAACAACAUUACGGGUCCUUUACCGCGCUCCAUCGGCAAGCUCAAGAACCUAUCUGUUUUGAGAAUGGGGCAAAAUCUGAUAACUGGUAGCAUUCCUGUUGAAGUCAGUGAGUGUCGGAACAUGAAACGAUUUGGUCUUGCCCAAAACCAACUAGAAGGUGAAAUUCCCAAGGAGAUUGGGAAGUUGCCAAGUUUGACUGAACUGGUUCUAUGGGACAACCAACUUUCUGGAUGUAUCCCUAAGGAGAUUGGAAACUGUACUCAGCUUGUGACGCUUGCACUUUACCAAAAUAACCUUGUCGGUGGUAUACCUGAAGACAUUGGAAGGCUGAACAAUUUGGAGAAGUUAUAUCUGUACAGGAAUUCAUUGAACGGAACAAUCCCAAAGACAAUUGGCAAUCUUACUCGGGCUACAGAAAUAGAUUUAUCAGAGAAUAUAUUGACUGCAAAAAUACCAUCUGAGUUAUGUAACAUUAAAGGGUUAUACUUGCUUCACCUGUUCCAGAAUGAUCUUAGAGGAUUUAUUCCACCUGAAUUGAGUGGAUUAAGGAACUUAAGUAAGCUUGAUCUCUCAAUAAACUCUCUGGACGGGCCUAUUCCUCUUGGAUUUCAGGAUAUGCCAAAUUUAACUCAGUUACAACUUUUUAACAAUAUGUUGUCCGGCACUAUACCUCAGAAGCUUGGGGUGUACAGUUCACUUUGGGUGGUUGACUUUUCAGAAAAUAAUCUCAGUGGGCAAAUUCCAAGGUAUCUUUGUAGACACUCGAACCUUAUUUUGUUGAAUUUAUGGUCUAACAAUUUGACCGGCAACAUUCCUAGUGAAGUUAUAAAUUGUAGAUCCUUGGUGCAGCUUCGUCUUGGUAAGAACAGCCUGACAGGAAGCUUUCCCUCAGAUUUGUGCAAGCUGGUUAAUCUGACUGCCAUUGAGUUAGAUGAGAACAGAUUCAGUGGUCCCAUUCCACCAGAGAUAGGACAAUGCAAAGCUUUGCAGAGGCUCAAUCUUCCUAACAACUUUUUUACACAUGAGUUGCCAGGGGAGCUAUGUAAUUUGUCGCUGUUGGUUAUCCUUAACAUCUCGUCCAAUAAAAUUGGAGGAAGCUUACCUCAGGAGAUUUUUAAAGGCAGGAUGCUUCAACGACUAGAUCUCAGCCAGAAUCAAUUUAUUGGCACAUUGCCUGAUGAAAUAAACCUUGUCCAGUUGGAACGGUUUGUGAUUUCUGAUAACAAGUUAUCAGGAAUAAUACCUCCUAUCAUAGGGAAGCUCUCUCAUUUAAUGGAGCUGCAGAUGGGUGGUAAUGAAUUUUUUGGUUCAAUACCUAAGGAAUUGGGCGGACUUUCAAGUUUACAAAUUGCAAUGAAUCUUAGCUACAAUGAUCUUUCAGGAAAUAUUCCAGAGGAGCUUGGCAAUCUUGCAUUGCUGGAGUUCCUUUUGCUGAACAAUAAUCAUUUGACUGGUGAAAUUCCAUCUUCAUUUGCCAAUCUGUGUAGCUUACUAGGACUUAAUCUUUCAUAUAAUGAUCUCACAGGACCUAUACCUUCUAUUCCACUUUUCCGUAACAUGACUUUGUGUAGCUUCAUAGGAAAUAAAGAUCUUUGUGGUAAACCUCUUGUUGGUUGUGGUUUGCCACCAUCAUUAUCUACAUCAUCACCUAGAACAAAUACUUCAUUGGGUAGGACUGUGACUAUUAUUUUCACUGCUGUUGGAGGAAUUUCUCUUGUUCUUGUUACUAUAAUGGUGUGUAUUCUCAGAAGACCUAUUGAGACAAUUUCUCAUUUUCAAGACAAACAACUACGUAAUACAACUUCAGGCACAUAUAUGUUCCCAAAAGAAAAGGUUACCUUUCAAGACAUUGUUUCUGCUACAAAUGAUUUUGAUGAGAGUUUUGUAAUCGGAAGGGGUGCUUGUGGGACGGUGUACAGAGCACUAUUGAAAUCUGGGCAAACAAUUGCUGUGAAAAAGCUGGCCUCUAACAGAGAAGGUAAGUAUACUGAGAAUAGUUUCCAUGCAGAGAUUUUGACUCUUGGAAAGAUAAGGCAUCGAAACAUUGUAAAGCUCUAUGGAUUCUCUUAUCACCAGUGUUCAAACCUUCUACUUUAUGAGUACAUGGCAAGAGGUAGCCUUGGCGAGUUACUUCAUGGGGAAUUUUCAUCUACUCUUGACUGGGAAACACGUUACAUGAUUGCACUUGGUGCUGCUGAGGGCCUCUCAUAUUUACAUCAUGGUUGCAAACCCUGCAUCAUUCACAGAGAUAUCAAGUCGAACAAUAUUCUGCUCAAUGAAAACUUUGAAGCUCAUGUUGGUGAUUUUGGAUUAGCAAAAGUUAUUGACAUGCCACAGUCAAAGUCAAUGUCUGCUGUUGCUGGAUCAUAUGGGUAUAUAGCACCUGAAUAUGCAUAUACCAUGAAAAUUACGGAGAAAUGUGACAUCUACAGUUAUGGAGUUGUUCUACUUGAACUCCUGACUGGAAGAACACCUGUUCAGCCAUUAGACCAGGGAGGGGACCUUGUUACAUGGGUAAGGACGUAUAUAAAGAACAACUCUCUGUCUUCUGGAAUACUUGAUAGUAAACUUAAUCUGGAAGAUGGAAUUGCUGUGGAUCACAUGAUAAUGGUCUUGAAAAUUGCUUUGCUUUGUACAAACUCAUCACCGUUAGACAGACCAGCCAUGCAGGAAGUUGUAUUAAUGUUGGUUGAGUCCAAACAGAAGGCCGCCAGCCUUGUUUCAUCACAGGUUCCGGAUUUCUCUUCAAAAGAGGAUGACAGGUAGUGAAUAACUUCAUCAUUCAUAGCAAUUACAUAUCUUUGUUAUUCCUUCGUUUUGGCGCAAGAGAUGUGUAUAUAUGUAAGUUCUCUUUUCCUUUUGAAUGUGUUAUCCUUCUAAGUAGAUCAUGUUUCAGGAUUCAUGUUAUUCCAUUCUGUAGAAUUUUGGGAUAAAAAAUUUGUAUUUUUUUUUAUAUACCAACCCAUCAUUGAUGAUUUGUAGAGGAAGCAUAAAUUGUUUUAAUGUGCGACUAAAUUUGCUAUAUCAAUCACUUUAUCAAUCUAAUAUAUUUAACACUUUCUUCCGAAGUUAGAGUAUGGUGAUUAUCUAUGUUGGUACUUGAAGGCAUUAGUAUAAUGAGAAAAUAAAACAUUUACCUUUACCCACAUGGGCAAUUCCAUUUGGCCUCUUCGCAUCCUAGUGAAGCAGAAGUUAAGGAGCUAAUGAAGUAUACAAUCAGUAAUCAAUUUCAUUUUUUUUUUAUAUAAGUAAAUGUGUAUAUUAGCUUUCAAAAAGGAUGUACAAAGUUGUUCUUGGACAUUGUAUCACAGCUAAUGUCAUAUCUGAGUAGAUAUCUAGGCUCCUAUACUGUAUAUUCCUAUAGAUACGUUGUACAUUCAUUUCUCAUGCUCAAAAAAGAUACCGGUUCCUUGCCAUCUAUAUUAGUAAGCCAUGCAUGACAUGGCUAGGUGUUGGACCUUUGUCAGAAGUUGGGUGCCGCAGAAUAUCUUCUUGAAGACUUGGAACAUCGUCUUGUAUGUGAUCAUCUCUUGCCUAAUGUCUACCUCCUCCAUAAUGCCAUGGUGAUGGCACACUAGAAGAAGAUAUGCUCUUGCGUCUCCUCCGCUGCUAUACAAAAG